AUGACAGAUUUUAUUUCAACCUCCUCUAACAAUGAAUCAUCGGACUCGGAAAUGAAUAAGACGACCCAGGCUAGACUAAAGGACACGAGAAGCCGAACUGGCAAAAGCCAGAUAACGGCAAGGAGGGAGGGGCUUCGGAGCGGAAAGUCCCUAGAGACUAAGAAGGCGGAAGAGAUCGAUGACAGCGACCGAUCUCGAUCGCCCAUAAGGGUCGAUGGUUCAAAACCAUUCGCCACCUCUAGAGAGGAGGACUCGGACGAUGGUGUAAAAAUCGUCAAGAAGAAAAAGGAAGGGAAGUGGGAAAUCCCCAGAGACGAGGAUGGUAAUACGGACGAGGAGCGUCUCGUAGAAAAGGCCACCAGAGGAAGGGGCAGGGCAGAAACCACGGGGGAAUACCGCCUUAAAAAAGAAUUUAUGGCGAGAAAGCAGGUCAUCAUGGAGCAGAAGAGGGAGGAACUUCUGUUGAAAGGAUUGGAAAAUCCCACGGAAGAGUUCCAGGACUGCACUUCCAACAGGAAGUACAAGGCGGAAAUAAAAAGGCUAACAGAACACCUAGAGGAGGCCCCCUUCCGGGAUAUCACGGCGACGAUACUGGAAGCGUCGACCAAGGUACUGGGAUUUUCACAGAAAUCCAAAAGCCUGAAGGGAACACACGUGAAGGUCCUCAGAGACGCCGCAGCGGCCAUAACAGCGGGCACAAAUGUAAUGGCCAUGCAAAUGGCACAGGACAGGUGCGGGAACAACCUGGACCUAAUAGAGGAACUGCGGACGGAAAACAUGAAUUUGAAAACGUCGCUGAAAGAGGUUAAAAAGGAAUUGGAGGAGGUCAAGGAGAUGCUCCGAGGUAUAAGGGAGGCACCGCUACAUGUAGCGGUAUCCUCCCCGCCCUCGAAGCACCCAGGAAACGCGGGCCAGAGUUUAAAGGAAGCACCGCAACGUAUGGCGAGUGCUCCCUCGCCCCUGAUCCGCGUAGAGGAGAAGGUAAGGGCGAUAACUCCACCCAUAACGGACAUGAUGGAGGAGGAGGAAAUCCCGAUAGGAGUCAUCGAAAUUCAGAAGGGAUUGAUCCCAAAGGAUAAGAGACGCCCGGUAAGGGAGAGGACUGAAGCCAGGGUCGCAAAGGUAGCAGAGGCAGGCCCCAAGAUCAGGGAGGACAUCCUCCUUAAUACUAGAGUAAGGAUAGAAAAAGAGAAGGAGUCAACAAAGAAAGAAAAGAAAGGAAUGGAAGAGGAAGUCUCCAAAAUGGUGUUCAGAGCAUUGAACAAAUGGGCAUCACAGGAGAAGGAAAUUCCUAAACAAGGGGCCAGGAAAAACAACAAAGGAAAAGGAAUGGGAAAAGAACUGGGGAAUCAAGGAAUGGUACAGCAUGGGGGAAAAAACUACACACAGGACUAUCCCCAACUACCACCCACACGAUCACAAAUAAAGGAGUUUCAAGUACAGGAAACUCCUACACCACGAAUAGAGACAUGGUCAAAAGUAGUGGGUAGGAGAGAAAGGAAAAAGGAAAAAGAUGUACAAAAAAGACAGGAAAUAAGGAAGGUGGUGAACAUUGAAAGAAAGGAGGGGAAGAAGAAUAGGAGAAGAGUCCCCAAUACGGCGGCGGUAACCAUAACCGCUGGACGGGGACAAUAUAAGGACUUAUUGGCAGAGGCAAAGAGGAAAAUUGACCUUACAGGAAUCGGUAUCGAGAAAAUUAAGACCAGAGUGGGGGCCACCGGUGCCCUGGUAAUCGAGAUACCUGGGGAGCAAAGGGGCAUACAGGCGGAUCAGCUCGCAGAUAAACUCAAGGAGGUAUUGACCGACAGAGCCAAAAUAAGCAGACCACAAAAGAUGGGAGAACUGCGAUUGAAGGGAAUGGAGAUAUCCACCACGGAGAGUGAAGUGGCAGAGGCAGUGGCCAAAGUAGGAGGAUGCCAGGUGGGGGAUGUGAAGACUGGAAAAAUGAGGGUAGCCUGGAACAGUUACAGAACGUUGUUGGUACAGUGCCCCCUCGUGGCAGCGAAGAAGAUCGCUGAAGAAGGAAAUAUUAAAAUAGGAUGGACGCUCACUAAAGUGGAGCUAUUGCAGGCGAGAGCGCUGCAGUGCUUCAAAUGUCUAGAGAGAGGGCAUGUGCAAAUCAACUGCAAAAGUAGCAAUGAUAGACGAUCUAAUUGCUACAGAUGCGGAGAACCCGGACACCUGGCUCGGGACUGUAACUCUAGAGUCAGGUGCCAAAUUUGUGUAGAGGCUGACGUCCAGUCGGACCAUAGAAUGGGGGAGCCAUCCUGCCGUCCCCCCAAGAGAAAGAAGAAAAUCCUUGGGGAUGUGGUGGAAGGGGGUAUGGCGACCGCACCGCCGCCACGAGACCCUCCCACAUCCUCAGAGGAGAGGAGGAAAGGAACAGAGGAAGGAAAGAAGGCGGAGGGGGGGGUAAACCGGGAGCCGGAACCCCAACCUCCGCUUCCUCAAAGGAGGAGAAGAACCUCCCUCCAUCUUCUACCUUCCCCUCAGGCCCCCAUUGAUGAUGGGAAGAUGGAGGUGGAGGAGAAGAGAGGGGAGAAAAGAGCAAGAUCAAAUGAAAGCGAGGACACCGACGGCGAACAGCCGGGAGAGAAAGUGGUAGUCAUAACCGAAUCAAACGAUAGACACUAG